AGGGGCGACAGUUCUAUCCUAGAUGUCAUCCAAGUUUACCAGAAGGUGAAGUGCUGGACCAUCCUAGUCUUUAUGCUAUAAUUCUAGACUUAGCUACCACACUUGAUGUGUCACAUCUAUACUACGAUACACAUGACCUCCAAUGACCUUCUGCCACAUGCUGACCCUCAGCUAGA